AUGGUUGCGUGGCUUCAUACAACCCUCCACCCGGACUGCAAAGAGCUGACGUUGUUUGAACCCACCCUUGGCGGCCUCCUCAUAUCAACAGCCGCUCGCGACAACAUGCCUCUCGUGAUCCCUGACGCAACGCAGGUCCCCACCGUGGUCGGCGACUACUCGAGCGUCACCACCGAGGCGCUCCGUGGCCUCAAUGCCGAGACGCUCGUGCACGAAAUCAAGCGUCUCCAAGACAGCGUCACACGGCUCGAGGACUCGAAUCGCCAGAUCGAGCAGUUCGUCCAAGAGACGGCAGACGAGCUCGACGACCACGACAAGGCCGAGAUGCGCAACGCCUGCACCGACAACGACGCCACUAUUUCCAAGCAGAACGGCGUCGUGGAAAAGCUCUUCGACGUGCUCGAAGAGAAGACAGGACAGCAGGACGUGCAGAGCCACUACGGUGUCUCUCGACCCGCAAGCGCACCAGAAGGAUCGUCGGACGCGGUACCAAUGCAGGAAGAUGCCGGCGGCGUCUUUCUGUAG